GCAGUCUCGAGUCACCUAUACAAAAAGAAAUACAAAUUUCCACCGAGAAUUCCAGGAUUACUAUCGUUGGAAACACUUUCCAAUUGCCUGGGAACCAACAGGGACAAUGGGGAGUUCAAAUGGCGAGGAAAUAUGGAGAGAUGUUCACGUGCAAAAUUGGCGUAAACACCUGGGUGUUCCUCAACUCAUCCCGAGUCGUCAAUGACUUAAUGGAAAAACGCUCAGCAAUCUACUCGUCAAGGGCAAACUUGCCAAUGACCUCCAACAUCAUGUCAGGAGGCUGCCGAGUUCUCCUCAUGCAAUACAACGAGCGCUGGCGAGCCCUCCGGAAAAUCAUGCACACCAUUCUCAACAAGACAAAUUCCCCAACUUUUGCUCCGUUCCAGGAUCUGGAAUCAAAACAUCUCAUCUACGACUAUUUACACAACCCAGAUAAAUGGUAUCGAGCUAACCAACGGUUCGCAAACUCGGUCAUCAUGAGUGUCGUCUUCGGGAAACGCAUGGAGCUCAAUGAUCCAAAGAUCAUUGAGCUUUUUGAAACCUCGAAUGAGAUCAUUGCUGCAAUGCAGCCAGGUGCAAGUAUAGCGGAUGCCCUUCCAAUCUUGGAGAAUCUGCCGAAGGCCUUGCAGUGGUGGCGACCUCGUGGAGAACGAGCAUUUCAAAAGUGUCUUCGGGUAUACCGACGCGAAGUUGACGAGCUAAACGAAAAGAUCGAAGCUGGUACUGCUAAAGAUUGCUUCGCGGUUCAGUUCUUGCAAGCUCCGGAGACGGCAAAGCUUGGGGAAACCCAGACUCUGUUUGCGCUUGGUUCUCUCAUGGAAGCGGGGAGUGAUACUUCUCGGAUGACGAUCAGUCAGAUCCUCGCUGCUGCUGCAACCGACAACCGAUGGGUCAAGAAAGCUCAAAAUUUGUUGGAUCAAGUGUGUGGCAGCAAUGCGGAGCGGUUACCAGAAUUCUCGGACAGGCCGAACUUGACGUAUAUCACUGCCGCAGUCAAGGAAUCGUUUCGAUGGCGCCCGUUUGCGGAGAUUGGGGUGCCGCAUAUGUUGACUCAGGACGAUGAUUAUGAGGGAUAUAAAUUCCCUGCUGGAACGUUGUUCACUUGGAAUUCGUUCAACAUUGCCAUGGAUCCGAAUGAGUACGAGGAGCCACAGCGAUUCUGGCCGGAGAGGUUUAUGAAUAAAGAUGUCAAUAAUGUGGUCAAAGGUCACUGGAGUUUCGGGCCAGGUCGGAGAAUAUGUUCGGGUUACAAUGUUGGGGAAUCGAAUGUGUGGAUUGCACUUGCGAGACUGCUGUACUGCUUCGACUUCGAGGAAGUCCCGGGUGACCCUAUUGACACCUUCAAGCCCAAUUGGAUUGAGCAUCGCUGGGCUCCUUUCCCAGUGCGGAUCAAAGUUCGAAGUCCGAAGCAUGCUGCGCUAAUAGAGAUGGAAGGUAAAAACGCUGCUGAAACGAAGUAUUAACUUAUGUACUCUUUCUAAACUAAUGCGAAGUCAAAUCUCU